ACAGCUAGCGUUAGCUCAUCUACGUGUGGCUAGAGCCGUUUCGAGUUACUGGACAAGAUGAGGGACGAGCUAAUGGGGUAGAACUGGGUUAAGAAUACGACAGUCUGCAACAAACACCGCGCGUCUCCGGGAAAGUAAGAAAAACUCGAGAUAGUUCUAGAGAGCGACACAAACCGGGAUGGGCAGCUGGACUUUCAGGAGUUUUCUGAAUUCUUACAAACUCAUGAGAAGAGGCUCUGGCUCAUGUUCACCAGUCUGGACCGCAACAGCGAUGGUCGCAUUGAUGCUGGUGAGAUCCAGCAUGCCUUACACAAGCUCGGUGUGGAGGUGACACUGGAGCAGGCCUCACGCAUCCUGCACAGCAUGGACCAGGAUGGCACCAUGACCAUUGACUGGAACAAGUGGAGAGAGCACUUCCUGUUCAACCCUCUGCACAACAUGGAGGAGAUCGUGCAGCACUGGAAGCACGCCUGUAUGUUGGAUAUAGGCGAGGCUCUGACGGUGCCAGAUGAGUUCUCAGAGAAGGAACACCGCUCGGGGUUGGUGUGGAGGCAGCUGGUGGCAGGAGCCAUGGCUGGAGCUGUGUCCAGGACUGGGACUGCCCCUUUGGAUCGCCUCAAGGUUUUCCUCCAGGUGCAUGGGGCCACGUCCAGGGGGAAGAAUCUGUGGGCGGGGCUACGGGGGAUGGUCCAGGAGGGUGGAUUCUUGUCGCUGUGGAGAGGAAACGGCAUUAAUGUCCUCAAGAUUGCCCCCGAGUCUGCCAUCAAGUUCAUGGCCUAUGAGCAGAUUAAACGCAUCAUUCAUGGCAGUAAGGAGGGAGGCCCUUUGAGAGUCCAGGAAAGGUUCCUGGCUGGCUCUCUGGCAGGAGCCACCGCUCAGACCCUCAUCUACCCCAUGGAGGUGCUGAAAACCCGUCUGACCCUACGCAGAACCGGUCAGUACUCUGGGCUCCUGGACUGUGCCCGGCACAUCCUGACAACAGAGGGUGUGGGGGCAUUCUACAGGGGCUACCUGCCCAACACACUGGGCAUCAUCCCAUACGCUGGCAUUGACCUGGCAGUCUAUGAGACCCUGAAGACCACAUGGCUGCAGAGGUACUGUGUGGAUUCAGCAGAUCCAGGUGUUCUGGUGUUGUUGGCCUGUGGGACCACCUCCAGCACAUGUGGGCAGCUGGCGUCCUACCCCCUGGCCCUGGUCCGCACACGCAUGCAAGCUCAAGCCAUCAGUAAGGACAAGCACAAGCUGACUAUGGUGGGCCAGUUCAGACACAUCGUCUCCCAUGAAGGAGUCCCAGGGCUGUACCGUGGCCUCACCCCCAACUUUCUUAAAGUCAUCCCUGCUGUCAGCAUCUCCUACGUGGUGUACGAGCACACCAAGAAGGUCCUGGGAGCGGCAUCUUAGGCCCCGCCCGCAAGCAGCCACAAGUGCCUGUCAUCCUGUACGUUCAUUCAUUCA